CCUGCUCAUCCCGAAGCUUCUCUCCUCCUCAGACCUCACCUCCACGUUCUCUCAGGCAAGCGAGCCCCCCCUACCUUGCCUCCGAAGUAACCGCCGCCGCCGCGGCAGCUAGGUCACCGAGCCCGGGCCCACCCUCCCCUCCCCUCCCCCACGCCGGAUGAUCGCCGCCGGCGCCGCCUCGAUGGGCCGCGCCACCGCCACUCCAGCCCACGGGGCCCAUUCGCGGUGGCCCCGCGCCGUCGCGCGCCUCCGCCUCGCGUUCCGCUCCCCGGCGCCCGCGGCCAGCGGCGGCGCGCGGUGGAUAGGCUGCUUCCGCCCGGCGCCACCGGCGGCGGUGAAGGAGGCGAAGGGGAAGCGGCCGGAGGUGGAGAAGGAGCCUGCGCGGGGCGGAGGGGAGGACGUGUGGAGCGCGCAGGCGGAGGCCGAGGUGGCGCAGGGCGGGGGUUUCCCCGAGCACCUCGUCGUCAUGGUCAAUGGCCUCGUCGGGAGCGCGGAUGACUGGAAAUUCGCGGCGGAGCAGUUCGUGAGGCGGAUGCCGGAAAAAGUGAUCGUGCACCGAAGCCAGUGCAAUUCGGCUACACAAACAUUUGACGGAGUUGACCUGAUGGGUGAAAGGUUGGCAAAUGAGGUUUUAUCAGUUGUAGAACAAAGAAGAGGUGUGAAGAAGAUCUCAUUUGUGGCACACUCUCUAGGUGGCCUUGUUGCUAGAUAUGCUAUAGGGAGGCUUUAUGAACCAAAUAACAAAACUAAAUCUUCUUCGGAGAAGAGCAGAGAUGAAGGUGAGCGCUUGGAGGGUUUCAUUGCUGGCUUAGAACCUAUGAAUUUUAUAACCUUUGCCUCACCGCAUCUUGGUUCAAGUGGAAAUAAACAGCUCCCUUUCUUAUGUGGCCUGCCUUUCCUGGAAAGAAGAGCUUCGGAAACUGCACAUUUGCUUGUUGGGAGAACAGGAAAGCAUUUAUUCCUUACAGACAAUGAUGAUGGCAGACGCCCACUCCUCCUUCAAAUGGUUGAUGACUGUGAUGAUAUAAAAUUCAGAUCAGCGUUGCGCUCUUUCAAACGACGUGUGGCAUAUGCUAAUGCAAACUUCGACCAUAUGGUUGGGUGGAGAACGUCAUCAAUCCGUCGCCAACAUGAGCUACCAAAACAUCGACUUCUUGUUCGUGAUGAGAAAUAUCCUCAUAUUGUCCAUGUUGAUAAAGGAGCAACGAACAGUAAUGAAGCAGAAGCUCGUUCUGAUCUUUAUGACCCAGAAGAGGAGAUGAUUAGAGGCCUUACACAAGUACCGUGGGAACGUGUUGAUGUGAGCUUCCAGAAAAGUAGUCAAAGAUUGGUUGCGCAUAACACCAUCCAGGUGAAGAGCUAUUGGCUAAACUCAGACGGCGCGGACGUUAUCAAUCACAUGAUGGAUAAUUUUAUCGUCUAGUCCCUGAACUCUACGUGCUGCACUGUACCAAUAUUCAGAGAAUUUUAGCGAUUGGCAAUUCAAUUUUGCUUAGGUAUUUUUUUUCCCUUGUAGGUUACAGUUCUCAUAGAUAAUGUGAUUCAAUUAUUUAGGUUUCACUCUAAAUGUUUCUGAUCCCCAUUCUUCCCCAUUAACUUAGUUAUCACAUCCAAAGUGUAUCAUAACUUGUACCCUCUACUGUAUCAGAGUACAAUGAAGCUAAUAGAUAUUUCCUGUUGAAUUGUAUUUAUAUGUGCAAACUAUUACAAUAAUCAAACUUAUGUAUUGGA